UUCCGUAAUCGAGGUCAGUAGAAUCUCGAGGGUCAGCGGUCUCAGUCUUCAAUUCCUGUCGUUGACUCCUCUUUGAAAUCGCUACAAAACAGACUUUGUUAAUGUUAAUAGCCAGAGUCAGUCACAAGAUCAACCCUGUCGUUCUGCACAGAUGUAGAGGCUGAGUUUAUAAAUAACUGGAGCCCGGUUACGUGUGCCAAAGUAGAGGAUAACCGCAGACCGCUGGAGAGAAAGUGUGUUCGUUCACGCAGGCGUGCGCUUAUUUGGUCUGUAUCAGAAGAACAACAGCUCUUCAGACAGGAGAAUGCCCCAUGACUAGACAGUGGGAGGAUAGUGAGUGGACUCGUUUGAAGGAUUUCCAGUUGAGUCAAAUCUGUCCACGGCAUGAGAGUGCUACAACAUCUGCUUUAUGUUUGGUGAGACUGAGCAGAACAGAUGGAGCUCCAAAUGUAGUUAACAAAGGACAAGGCUGCAGGUCUCUAUCAAUAACUUGAGAAAUGAGUCAAUAGCAACAUCAAUGCUUCCUCACACCUUCCUGUAGCCACCCAGCCCAGGACCUACAAAGUUCAGACUGAAAACAUUCAGCAGCUAACCUGACGGGUCAAGUUCUGUUUUACCUGUUACAAACAAAGCCAAGAAGUCCCGCUUAGAGUUGGGGUGUUUUCUGUUCACUGGAUGCACUAUGACUAACUUCACCUAAGGAUUUAGGUCAUCAACAACAAUGUCCCUGCGGCGGAGCAGGAGAAGCUGUUUGUCCAGAAGCUGCGUCAGUGCUGUGUCCUCUUUGACUUUUUGUCGGAUCCUCUGAGCGACCUGAAAUGGAAGGAGGUGAAGCGGGCUGCGCUCAGCGAGAUGGUGGAGUACAUCACCCACAAUAGGAACGUCAUCACAGAGCCCAUCUACCCAGAGGUGGUGCAUGUGUUUGCAGUGAACAUGUUCAGGACGUUGCCUCCAUCGUCCAACCCCACAGGGGCGGAGUUUGACCCGGAGGAGGAUGAGCCCACGCUAGAGGCAGCGUGGCCACACCUACAGCUCGUCUACGAGUUCUUCCUCCGGUUUCUAGAGUCUCCAGACUUUCAACCAAAUGUAGCCAAGAAGUAUAUCGACCAGAAAUUUGUAAUGCAGCUAUUGGACCUGUUUGACAGUGAAGACCCCAGGGAAAGGGACUUUCUAAAGACCACUCUGCAUCGCAUCUAUGGCAAGUUCCUGGGCCUGAGAGCGUACAUCAGGAAACAGAUAAAUAACAUAUUUUAUAGCUUCAUUUAUGAAACGGAACAUCAUAAUGGAAUAGCAGAGUUAUUGGAAAUAUUAGGAAGCAUAAUCAAUGGGUUUGCCUUACCGUUGAAAGAGGAGCACAAGAUAUUCCUGUUGAAGGUGUUGCUGCCUUUACACAAAGUCAAGUCCCUUAGUGUCUAUCACCCGCAGCUGGCGUACUGUGUGGUGCAGUUUCUAGAGAAGGACAGCACCCUCACGGAACCGACAGUGAUGGCUCUGUUGAAGUACUGGCCAAAGACCCACAGUCCAAAGGAGGUGAUGUUCCUCAACGAGCUGGAGGAGAUUUUGGACGUCAUCGAACCCUCUGAGUUUGUCAAGGUCAUGGAGCCCCUCUUCAGACAGCUGGCCAAGUGCGUGUCCAGCCCACACUUCCAGGUGGCAGAGAGGGCGCUGUACUACUGGAACAACGAGUACAUAAUGAGUCUGAUCAGUGACAAUGCCGCCAGAAUCCUCCCUAUCAUGUUCCCCUCGCUCUACCGCAACUCCAAGACCCACUGGAACAAGACGAUCCACGGUCUGAUCUACAACGCCCUGAAGCUCUUCAUGGAGAUGAACCAGAAGCUAUUCGACGACUGCACACAGCAGUUCCGAGCAGAGAAGAACAAAGAGAAGGCCAAGUGGAAAGAGCGAGAAGAAGCGUGGGUGAAGAUCGAGAAUCUGGCCAAGUCCAAUCCUCAGUUCCUGGUGUACGUGGACCAGUCAGGCCUGGGUAGUCCCAUGGAGACAGACGGACCAAUGAUAGAGGACUUCAACAUGCUGAAGAGGACUAUAGAGGAAGAGGCCACACAGCUCCAGAGGAACGAGCGUAAGGAGCGUCCGCUGGUCAGGAGGAAGUCUGAGCUGCCUCAAGACAUUUCCACCGUCAAUGCCCUGGAGACGCACAGGAGGGCCGAGGACAUGGUAACACCACACGACGGCCACUAGAGACCACACACAGUACAGUCCGAUGCACACUGACAGUCCGAUGCACACUGACAGUCCGAUGCACACUGACAGUCCGAUACGGACGGAAGGACACGACAGACGGACCAGCACAGAAGAGAAGAGAACAGAAUGACCUGGCUGAAAAAAUCUGGAGCUCAAACCAAAUCAGCACAACUCUACUUAGCCCAGUCCAACUAUGACAGUUGAUCCCCAGUCCACUCCAGCCCUGCGCAACAGAUGUCAAUGGCACAGGACGUUAUGGCAUGACCAAACAUGACAUUGUUUCCCUCGCCCCACCUCCCUAUCCCUCUGUUCUGCUCUCGCUGUCUUGUAAAAGCGCUCUAGGGUGCAGUGGUGUCCCCUUCUGGUUAUUUCUCUCAGGUUUUCUUGUUUUUAUUUGUUGGUUUGUUUCUGUUCUUUUUCUCUCAUUAAUGAUGUCAUGUUCUUUGGAAAUCCGACUGGCGAACAGACAUGUAUUAUAGGCACAUGCUGUACGUAAUGGGCGAAGGAAGAAGCAGCUUGGUUGAAGACCACUUUUUAUUUUCUUCCAAUCUCUACUUGAGCAUAGAAAGGAAAGCGCCGUACUUCUUCCUCAGAGCCCCAUUACAGCUGCUUUUACCAUGAGCUUUACCCUUCUCUCUCUGUGUGCAUUUUUCUUUGUUCUGCUAUGAUUGGUUAGGAGGAGAAGCAAGGGGGACAGUCGGCGGACUGUCUGUUGGUCAACAGACGUUGUUGUAAUGGAGUUGUGGGGAUUUAAAUGUGCUGGCCUGAGGAAGGUUGAGGCUGAGGGACAGGAAGGGGUUCUUCUGUCCUCGACUGGAUAUCUGCUGGUCUGUACAAACAUAGUUUGGUGCCAACUUCACUUUUUUUUAUCUGAAUGAUAUUGUAGGCAAUAAGUUGACCCAGGUUGCAGUGUGUUUGGGUUGUUCACACAAUGGUCAAUGGUUUUCUGGAGCCAUUGGAGUUUACUGUCCAUGUAAAAACAAAAGACACAGACUCCGUCUGUGUACUUCACAAUCCCCAUCAGUCUUUCAGUCCUCAUUAAUAUUGAUCAAUGUUAUCCAACUCCUGUCAUGUUAUUGAUGUGAAAACUCCAAGGUCUAAUUUUAUAGUUCAGUGUUUAUAGACUCCCAUUUUGAGUUUUAGUGUGUGUGAGUGGGACAAGAGGAACCGAACUGGGCUACACACAGAGGAAUACUCAUCGCUGGUUUUUCUACUCUUCAUAGCCAAAAUCCCUUUCUUUCUGAUGUUGCUGUUAUGUGUUAGCAAGUAGUAGGCUAGUUCAGCCAUAUAAAGACCAUUCUGUCUGGAGAAACCGAGUCAAAUUUGAACACAAGCCUUUCUUUUCAUAGUGCCUUUAUUGUACAUGGGGGACAUCGGCUAAACUGGGAAAGAAUAGAAGACUAACGUUAUUUGAAGGCCAAACCAUGUUACAUUCAUCAUUAGCUUCCUAACAGACCAGAGAGAGAGAGACGUCGAAACACACUGCCCCAGAAUAUUGUUAAAUCUACAAAGCUGAUGAUGGUGGUCAAGCUAGAGAGGAGUGGAGUAGCCCCAAUGACUUAACAUGGAAGGACUUCCUGAUUUUUAAAACAUGAACAAUAAAAAUAUCCAAAAUGAGUCAGUCAUGCUGUGUGGUCUGCUCGGUUCUGUCAGUCCCUCUGUGUGCCCGCUGAAUAACGUGUAGAGAAGGAUGCUUCCCAAUUAACCUCUAAUUCCCUGUUCCAUUUAGGAUCUAUCCCAAAUGGCAACUUAUUCCCCUAGAGCCCUAUAGACCUUGAUCAAAAGUAGUGCACUAUAUAGGAAAUAGUGUGCCAUUUGAGAUUCUAUCAAGAGUGUUGAUGUAUGUUGCAGUACCAUUGUUUGCACCCCCAGACAGACAAGAACUCUGGCUGUAUCCCUGUAGAGAAGCUCACCAUCCAGGUGGUGCUGCUGUGUAUGUUUGUGUGAGACUGUUUCGGGAUGCUUGCAGGGUCUAUUCCUUUGCCUGCAAAUUCUAUUAUUUGCCUGUUCAAAUUAUUAUCUUUUUUUUUAACCUUUUAUUUUACUAGGCAAGUCAGUUAAGAACAAAUUCUUAUUUUCAAUGACGGCCUAGGAACAGUGGGUUAACUGCCUGUUCAGGGGCAGAACGACAGAUUUGUACCAUGUCAGCUCGGGGAUUUGAACUUGCAAACUUUCGGUUACUAGACCAACGCUCUAACCACAAGCCUAGUUGAAGGUGCGAAUGGUAGAUUUACUACCAUGAUCACGUUUUGCGGUUUCUUUUUCGUUUCUUUUUUUAAGAAAUAACAUUCACCCAUUUAUGCCAUCCCCUUCCACUCCCAACUAUUUUGCUGUACAAUUACUAUAAGGAAGUCUAGAGUGCUUUAUAGAUGGCACAAACAACUGGAUGGCUCCAGGGUUGUGGUCAAUUCACUUACAUUUUCUUAAAUUAAGGAAGUAAACUUAAAUUCCAAUUCAUUGCUUCUCAAAGAAGAGAAUUGGCUCUUCAGUUGACUUCCUGAAUUGACAAAGUAGAAUGGUUCCCAACCCUGUCUAUUCCAAUGUCCUGAGAACCGAGGACUUCACUUUGGUGAUAUCAAAUGACUUUAAUAUUAUAGUUUCUUUGGAGCCCUCUUUAUAUUUUACAUAAGCACAUUUUUUUCAAUUUUUUUUCCAAAAGAAUAAUACUGCAAGUGUCCUUUUAGUAGACAUCCUGUACUAAAUGGCUUAAUCUACUAUUGUACAUAUAAUGUACUUUUAUUUGAUCUGUGUAUUAUUAAAUGGUAGAUGCCCCUGUGUACAUACAGGAAACAAAGGUUAUUAGCUACUGCAGACAGUUUGGAUGUGGCACAGACUACAAUAUGUGACUAUUUUGCAUUUAGAGCAGUUAAGAAUUUGAAUUAUAAUAUUUUUUUAUCGCUUUGUAAUUAAACAAUUUGUUUUACAGCAUUUAAAAAAUGUGAAGUGAUCCUACAUUAGCAUUUUGUGAGUGUUUUUAUGAGAAAAAAAAACAGCUGUGUACAUCAACAUAUGGUAAAUAAAGAAUGUGUUUUUUUAUAUUUUCAUCCAA